UUCUCUAGUUUUUUUUCUUCAACAUAACAAUGAAGUUUUUCCUUAAGUGAGGAGACAAAUCAAUUUAUUUACAUGUAUAAUCAACAUAACACCAUUUUACGGAACAAUAAAUGUUUUAAGUUUAACUAAUGCAGUGCAAACAUGAUGCCAUACGAAGCUUUUGUAAAAACAUCAACAACUUUUACCAGCCGACCUUUAACUUUAAGAUUCCCAAACCCUUCAUUGAAAACCUCAGCUUGUUUCACAAUAAUAGUUUUUAAGCAAAUAGUUACUGGGUGACUUAUUCCUACUCCCCAAGUUUUUAAUUAAACUACUGUUAAUGAAUUAUUUUUAUUUAAUGUUUUUUUUUAUGAACUGCUCAUUUGGCACAAAAAAUAAGCAUAUGAGUUAGUUCAUGUUAUGUUUAUUUAUACAUCAGAAAAACAUUUUCAAACUUAUAAUGUGGGUAGUUGCAACAGCAGUAGAACGUUUAUUGUUAUAAGACAAAUAAAAUAAUAAAAAUGUAGAAACUCCGAAAUGAAACAUGGAUUUCUUUCCAAACAUUGUAAAACCAUUAUUACAAUGCCCGUCAUUAUUACAUAAUAGAAAUCAUUAUUACACAAAGGUCACUGACCUUGAGUAAACUUUGUAAAAAAGCUGCAAAAUUUUACAAUCACCAACGCCCACAACACGCCCUCUUUAAAUACAGGUCAAUUUUGAGACUUUAUGUAAAAAAAGCCAAAUAUAUUUGCAAUACUAAAUUAAGCAUUAAGUACAAAAGAAAAUUAUGUAAUACAAUCUUCCACUUAUGCAGCAUGAGAGAUCUUGCAAAAAAAGAUCUUACAUUUUUUUAUUUAGAGUCAUAACCAUUUAUGACAGGUGUAUAAAAUAUAAACUACAUAACAGUUAAGAUUUAUAGAUAAUGAAAUUUAAUGAUGUCUGUCCUUUAUUUUUUAUGAGAUAUGAUAAAAAGACCCACUACUGUCUUAAAUUUGGUAAACACAAUAAAAAGAUAAAUAAUCUACUUGUGGUCCCUUAAAAUAUUGUACAAUAUCCUCUUCUAACCUGUAUAUAUUCUUUAACUCAAGAAAAAGUUUUGAUAAUUCCCCUAACUCUACCAAACUUGAACCAAAAGUAUGCAAGUCUAUCUACACCAUUGUUUACUUUAUAAAAAACAGACCCUGGUUGAGAAUGAACAUUAACAGCUUAUAAAUUAAACUACAUCACAAAGUUUGAAAUGGUUGUUUAUGACUAAUUACAAAAAAAAUUAAAUGCAUUAAAUUAAUUUUUGAAUCAACACAAAUUUAAACUAGAUAAUUUACAUCAGUUCUCUCUCUGUACAUUAAUAGCUCUAGAAGUUACAAGCACAUAUAUUCUUUAAUUUAAACCACAUCAAAGCAUUCAUAGAAAAAAGGGCUCAAACUAUUUCUAAGAUCAAAAGAACACUAGAAAAGCUAACGACAUCAUAAAUUUGCUCAAAACCAUAAAAAGCAUUGCUGCUUAAAUACUGUGUGUUUAGUAAAUUAUUUUUAAGGUUUAUUGGAUAAUAAAUUAGAGUAUAUAAUGUGGUCGGUGUUGGGAAGCAAGUUAUGCUGAAGAUAUUUCUGAUCUGAGAACAACUGUUAUUCAGAUUCCAUCAGAAUGUUACUAAAAGGACUUAUCGCUUUGCUAUUGAUCCACCACGCCCAACCCCAUGGCAGGAUGAUGGAACCUCCCAAUAGAUCUUCAUUAUGGAGAUUCUGGGACACCGACCCCGCUAUUAUCCCAUACAAGUCUAUAGUGGUUCCUAACUAUGGGGAUAACGAAUUGUUCUGUGGUGGAUUCCAACAUCAAGUAAACCUUGGUGGUAAAUGUGGGAUAUGCGGCGAUGCAUAUGAUGGUGUGAGAGACAACGAGGGUGGGGGGAAAUAUGCAAAAGGUAUCAUUGUGCGACAAUAUGCACCAGGUUCAAUAUUUAAUGUGAACAUCGAACUUACUGCUCACCAUAUGGGUUACUUUGAGUUCAGGUUGUGUAAGUUGGACAACCCACUUGUAGCUGCUACUCAGGAUUGUUUGAACCAGAAUCUCCUAUUAACAGAGGAUGGCCAUACUAAAUAUUAUCCGCCAGCUGUGAAAUCUACAAUCAUGAAAUACGAUAUAAAGCUGAGACUUCCAGCAGACCUUACAUGCACACAGUGUGUUUUGCAAUGGAGAUAUCAUACAGGUAAUAGCUGGGGCACGGAUGAAGAUGGUCAGCAAUGCACUGGUUGUGGAGCACAGGAGGAAUUCUAUGGCUGUUCGGAUGUGGCAGUUGGUUAUGGACCAACAUUAGCUCCUCCUCCACCAUUGUGGAAUGGCGCUCCUACAACAACAACUGAACAAGCAGCCACAACAACAACAUCUUUAAUAAGUCGACUGACAACAACAACAAAAGCAACAACAACAACAAAAGCAACAACAACAACAAGCACACAUGUUGGCCCAACAACGAGCACAGAGGCUUCAAACGAACCAGUUUGUCAUGUAAGUUGUAACAGAUGUAACUUUGAAGGUAAUGGGCCAACUGUGCCCUAAAUCUCUGAUUCUUUAACUUGCCCACUAUAACCUCGCCCGAAGUUAUGUAAUUAAAACAUUAGAAUAAUAGUUUAAAACGGUUGUUAUUAAAAUGGGUCCCAAACGAGUCUAUUAGAACAAAAAAGGAAGGUGUUUCUAUAUUUAGCAUAGAGCAUUGAAAUAUAUUAGCUUUAACAUAAUCUAAAAACUAAUUAAAGAGGGUUUAUUAUUACUAUAUAUGCAUCAGUCUUUUCAGUUAACAUGGUAAAUUUAAA